UAAACAUUCCCCUUUGUCUCACAGCCAGGUGAGGAAGCAGAGGUGUUAAUAUCUGAUGAGGAAGAGGAACCAGCCCCUCAGCCUUCAAAAGUACCACCCCCCGUACCACCACCUCCAGCUGAGGCUCCAGCAACAGAAGCAGAUCUUCUUAACUGGGGUACAUCUCAACAAUCAGACUCUCAGCCUCCUAGCAAUGCCAACCUCUUGGAUAUUGAUAGCUCAUCUGGGAUGAAAAAGGAUCCCAGUAACUUUGAUUUACUUAGUGGUUUUAAUAAUGCUGUAAAUGAUGUGAAUUCUAGUCCUGCUCCUCCCAACUCUGCAAACCCUGAAAGUGCUCCUAGCAAUCUCUUUGAUCCUUUUGGAAUCAGUAAUGGAUCAGUUCCCAACAAUGAUCUCUUUGGCCAAUUAACUGCCGCUCCUCAGGCACAACAGCAGCCCAUGGGUACUAUGAACAGCAGCGCUGUUCCUCCAGCAGGAAGCCCCAUGAUGGGUCCACGCAUAAUAGGAGGGCCUAACAGUCCAGUAAAUGCCGUGGGUGGUGGCUUUACUCGACCUCCACCUCCCCAGCAGCCCAAUAAACCAUCUGAUCCUUUUGCAGACUUAGGUAACCUAGCAGGCAUGGGAGGAUGGGUUGGUUCAAAACCAACCACACCAAUGGGUGGAACCCCAGCAGGAGGAACUCCUUUCGGAGGCAGCACCCCAGUAAUGGGAUCUCCUCAACAUCGUCCACAAACAGCUGCAGCUUGGCAGGGUCAACCACCAGGAUCCUCUAGCUCUGGUGGAGGAUGUUUUCUAACACCCUUAGGACAACCUAGUGUAUGCCUUCCCACUGUUUUGCUUGAUCCAUCAAGUGCUGAACAAGGGCCCUCACAGGCUUUGCAUUCAGAUUCAGCCUCGGAGAUCGCUGAUCUGAAGGCUACACUUCAUAGGAUGAAAUCCAAAAUGGCUGCCCUGAAAGAGGAAGAACAGAUGGGAGGUUCUAGACAAGGUCUUUGGUGCUCUGUUAAAGAUCCUACAAGACCUAUGUCCAAAAAUGCUUUAGCCUUUUUUGUAAGGAACGUCAUUACAGACGUUCACAAAAUCUGCACUGACGACUCUUUUAGACUCUUGAGAGUAAGAGCACAUGAGCAUGGCAGGACCCCAGGUGGAAAUUGGCAGCAGCAACAGCAGCAUCAACAGCAGCAGCAGCAGCCGCAGCAGCAGCAGCAGCAGCAGCAGCCACCAAAAACUCCUGUUGGAACCCCACAUCAUCAAAUGAAGUCUCCUUCUCAACCAAACUACGGCAGAGUAAACUUUGAUGUUGGUAAGUUUUUAACCCAUAAUGGACAGAUUGCUCCUAGGGAGUAG